CUUGCCUCGGCGUGAGCAGUGAGGAUUGCAGAGGGAGAUUUGCGUUGUGGGUGAAGUUUAGAUCGUAGAGUUUCGUAUAUUCGAAGUUCGCCUACCAAGCGUGAAAUCCUCUACGUUAAAAGUGAGCAACGACUGAAAAGUAGUGAAGACGGCAGGAUCAAAGCAAUUCGAGAAAUCACCGUACUGGAACGAACAUCAUGUUCUUGUACAACUUGACCCUUCAGCAGCCCACUGCUAUCACUCAAGCGACGCUUGGUAACUUCUCCGGUACGAAACAGCAGGAGAUCUUGGUUGCCAGGAACUCCGUGUUGGAGCUGCUUCGGCCAGAUUCCGACACGGGCAAGGUUCACUCCUUGCUCACCCACCAGGUGUUUGGCAUUAUCAGGUCGAUAGCACCGUUCAGGCUGACAGGGGCAUCCAAAGAUUACAUCGUGGUGGGGUCAGACUCGGGAAAGAUUGUGAUUUUGGAGUACAACCCCGAGAAGAAUGUGUUCGACCGAGUUCAUGAGGAGACUUUCGGCAAAAGUGGCUGCAGGCGGAUAGUGCCGGGGCAAUACCUGGCCGCGGAUCCGAAGGGGCGUGCGGUGAUGAUUGGUGCGAUCGAAAAGCAGAAGCUCGUCUAUAUCCUGAAUCGUGAUGCAUCAACAAAGCUCACGAUAUCUUCACCGCUCGAGGCGCAUAAAUCGCAUACACUAGUGCACGACAUCGUGGGGGUUGAUGUGGGAUUCGAGAACCCAGUGUUUGCGUGUAUUGAGGUGGACUACGCCGAUGCAGAUCAAGACCCAUUGGGAGAGGCAUUCCAAAACGCAGAGAAGGUGCUAACGUAUUAUGAGCUGGAUUUGGGUCUGAAUCACGUUGUGAGGAAAUGGAGCGACCCAAUCGACACAAGAUCGAAUAAGCUCAUCGCGGUCCCUGGUGGAGUGGACGGCCCUAGCGGAGUCCUUGUGUGUACCGAAGAUUACAUCACCUGGAAGCAUCAGGACCACCCCGCGGUCCGAGUCCCCAUCCCAAGGCGACCAGAUCCAUUAAAUCCCAUGCCAACGAAUAACGGGGAGGAUUUCGACACCGGCAGGGGAGUCAUCAUUGUCUCCAGCGUCAUGCACAAACUGAAGAAAGGGUUCUUCAUAUGGGCCCAGACCGAAGAUGGUGACAUCUUCAAAAUCACAAUGGAUUAUAGCGCGGGAGCUGAUGGGGCAAUCGGAGGCGUCCAGAACUUAAAGAUCAAGUAUCUGGACACAAUUCCUGUUGCAACCAGCAUGUGCUUGCUGAAGUCUGGAUUUCUUUUUGUGGCGAGCGAAUUUGGGAACCACUACCUCUAUCAAAUCGUGAACCUUGGUGACGACGACGAACAGACGGAGUACCAAAGCGCAGAGUUGCCACAGGGAGAAGAUGCGGAGGAUGUUCUCGUUUAUUUCAAUCCCCGACCUCUGUUGAACUUGGCAAUGAUCGAUGAGAUGGAGUCCAUCUCGCCGUUGAUCGACGCAAAGGUGCUCAAUCUGGCGGGAGACGACAGUCCUCAGAUCUAUGCUUUGAGUGGACGCGGAGCGCGAUCCAGUUUCCGAACACUCCGGCAUGGUCUCGAAGUCUCCGAGAUGGCAGUGUCUGAGCUCCCAGGUCACCCGAACGCAGUGUGGACUGUCAAAGCGAACUCUCAGGAACAAUUCGAUUCCUUCAUCAUUGUAUCGUUCGUGGACGCUACUUUGGUUCUGUCUAUUGGGGAGACCGUCGAGGAAGUGACGGACACUGGCUUCCUCAACAGCACGCCGACGCUUACCGUGGCUCAGCUGGGUGACGAUGCUUUGGUGCAGGUGUACCCCCGUGGUAUUCGACACAUCCGAGCCGACCGUCGCGUCAGUGAAUGGAAGACUCCCGGGAACAAGGCCAUUGUCAGAGCGGCGUGCAAUCAACGCCAGGUUGUGAUCGCUUUGUCGGGAGGAGAGUUGGUCUACUUCGAGCUUGAUCGAAGUGGACAGCUUAACGAAUAUCAAGAUCGGAAGGAGUUCGCUGCGCCUAUUACGGCCCUAAGCAUUGGGCCCAUUCCAGAAGGACGCCAGCGUUCCAGUUUCCUCGCGGUCGGUUGUGAAGACAACACGGUCAGGGUUAUCUCCUUGGAUCCGGACAGCUGCCUCCAGUCUAUGGGUGUGCAAGCUGUGACCUAUACACCCGUGUCGUUGACGAUCGUACAAAUGAUGGAUACGGGGACGCCGGUCGGAACCCUUUACCUCCUCAUUGGAUUACAAGCGGGUCUUCUUGUGCGGACAACACUUGACAGUAUCACCGGAACAUUGUCGGAUACUCGGCUGCGAUUACUCGGAUCACGGCCGGUAAAGCUGUUCAACGUUACGAUUCAGGGGUCACCGGCGGUGCUAGCAUUAUCCAGCCGGCCAUGGCUCUCGUAUACGUUCCAGGGCCGAUCCAAGCUCAUCCCUCUGUCGUUCCCGAUGCUGGAAUAUGGCUCCAGCUUCUGCUCCGAACAAUGUGCGGAAGGCAUCGUUGCGAUCGAGUCCAACAACCUGCACAUCAUAACAGUGGAAAAGCUUGGAAAUGUCUUCAACCAUAGUGUUCUUCCGCUGAAGUACACGCCGCGUCGGUUUGUCUUGCACCAGCCUUCAAAUAACUUCGCUAUCAUCGAGUCAGAACACAACACCUGGUGUCCGUCAGAGAAGACGAAGAAGCUAGAGGAAAAGGCCAACAGCAUGGAUGAAGGCGAUGGUCUGGUUCUGGAGGAGCUUCCUCCGGACCAAUUCGGGUUACCAAGAGCUGAGCCCGGGAAAUGGACUUCGUGCAUUCGCGUUGUGAACCCUCGUGAGAACGAGACGACCCACCUCAUCGAACUGGAUGAUAACGAGGCAGCUUUCAGCAUAACGACAUGUAUUUUCAAUGGGCAAAAUGGAGAAACCCUUUUGGUGGUUGGCACAGCAAGCAAUGUAACCAUGUCACCAAGAACAUGCACAAGCGGUCAACUACAUACAUAUCGAUUCUCGCAAGAUGGAUCCUCCUUGGAGUUACUGCAUAAGACACCGAUAGACGAGAUCCCACAAUCACUUUGUGCAUUCCAAGGUCGUCUCUUGGUCGGCAUGGGUAGAACGUUGAGGGUGUACGAUUUGGGAAAGAAGAAACUGCUUCGCAAGUGUGAGAACAAGCAAUUCCCAAACAACAUCUUGACGAUACAUACGCAAGGAGACCGAAUCGUGGUUGGCGACGUGCAAGAGUCCGUGCUCUACGCGUCAUACCGUCACUUUGACAACCGCAUCGUCAUCUUCGCAGACGACACCACACCGCGCUGGAUCACAACAACGACGAUGCUAGACUAUGACACGGUCGCAGGAGGUGACAAGUUUGGCAACCUGUUUGUGGCCCGGUUACCAGCAGAGACAUCGGAGGAGGUCGAUGACGACCCGACGGGCAAUAAGCUCGUAUACGAGAAGGGGUACCUUCAAGGCGCGCCACACAAACUGGAACACACCGCCGAGUUCUUUAUCGGCGAAACGCCAACCGCGAUAAGCAAAACGGUGCUCGUCCCUGGUGGACGUGAGAUAAUCGUCUACAUCACCCUCAUGGGUACUAUCGGCUGUGCCAUCCCGUUCCAAUCGAAGGAAGACGUGGACUUCUUCCAAACUCUGGAAAUGCACAUGCGGGCAAAGGCCCCGCCGCUAUGUGGUCGCGACCACUUGGCCUAUCGGUCGUUCUACAUUCCGGUGAGGAACGUGGUGGAUGGAGAUCUUUGCGAGCACUUCAACCUGCUGCCUGCCACGGCGAAACGGGAGAUUGCAGAGGAGCUGGAUAGGGAGGUACAUGAGAUCGCGAAAAAGUUGGAAGACGUUAGGAAUAGAGUAGCGUUCUAAGGGCCGUAGGUAACUCGUUAUAUGCGUCCCGGCACUAGAGCGUGUAGCGGCGUACUCUGGCGUCGUCUUGUAUCUGUACAAUACUCUAUAUAUACAUCUUCAUGGCAGUUAUACUGCCAGCCUAGUAGGCACAUCCACAGAGGUCUUUAUCUUAGCA